AUCAUUCACAGAUUUUCUUUUUUUAGAAUUUUAUGUAUACAUAUUUUUAAAAUUUGCUUGAGAGGUUGGUACAAACUGUGAAGGAGGAUAAUAAAAGGUUAUUGCUAAAGCUCAAGAAUCGAAUGGAGGGAUAAAUAUUAGAUUUUGAAUUGAGUUUUGUUUGUUGUUUGUUUUUUGGUUUGUUUGAUUAAUUGAGUAAAUUUUUUGUGUUUUUGGGGUUGGCACUGAUUGAGUAAUUCACAUGGAGAUUCCUAAAUUCAUAACCUGCUUACUUGGUUUGCAAGGAGGGCUUCCUGGUUUACAAGCAUUCACAAACUCGGCAAAGCUUGUUGAUUUGCUUUUCUAAAAUUUAUACUCCUAACAAAUUUUUUUCAUCUCUUACUAAAUUAUUAAGGUUAAAUACUUACAGAUAUAAUGUAGGUUGUAUAUUCAUAUACUUACUGGUUAGACCUGUAUGUUGGCAGGCUGGAUUCAUAUAUGUAAAGAGAAUCUUGUAGUACAACCUUUUUUUUUAUGUUAUGCAUCCCAUCAAACGAGAGAUUGUAUUACCUUGAAUAUAAAUUUCUAUAAGACAGAAACUUAACAAUUGUACUAAUAUUUUUUUUGGCCUUUUUUGUUGUCUUUAUUUGAUGAACUGUCAUCAAUGGCUGCUCAAUUUGUUUGCUUUGAAAAGGUAAAAAUAUCUUGGUAUUGCUACUUCUAUGACUCUUUUCUGGGGAUUCACUUUUUGCCUCUGCUAUGCAGUUCAAGCUGUAAAUAUCUUUCUUGUCAUGGAGAUAGUAUGAAACACAAAAUCUUCCUAUAUGCUGAAAUAAUCAAUCAUGUUUUGCUUUUGCAGGAAUGGAGAUGAUCUGUCAUAAAGGUGUAUGGAAAUUAAGACAAGGAUUUCGGAAGAUCUGCCAGAUAGAAGUACCUUGGGAAUUGGUAGAAAUCCUGAAUGUGGAACAUUGUCGGGUUGUUACAAUGCCAGACAACACGGAUCCUAGCAACAAGGUGCGAAUUAUUGAAUUUGUCGGGUUGUUACAAUGCCAGACAACACUGAUCUUACCAACAAGGUUGCUAGAUUACUUUACACAAACUCUGGGGUUGGCUUAUUAACCCUAGCAUCAAAUGUCGUUCAAAGGCUGUGGAAAUGGAGCCGUAGUGAGCAAAAUCCAACUGGCAAGGCCACUGCCAGUGUUGUACCACAACAUUGGCAACCAAAUAGUGGUCUGCUUAUGACAAAUGAUGUCUCAGAUACUAAGCCUGAGGAUGUUGUCCCUUGUAUAGCUCUCUCAAAGAAUGAUUCAUAUGUAAUGUCUGCAUGUGGCGGAAAGGUCUCAUUAUUUAAUAUGAUGACGUUUAAGGUAAGUUUUACCACAUUUUGCAUAAAGGAACAUGCAAUCUUGUUAAUUAUGUUUCCUCAUUACCUUUCAAGGCAUCUGUCUCUGCAGGUAAUGACGACAUUCAUGCCACCACCAGCAGCUUCAACGUUUUUAGCGUUCCAUCCUCAAGACAACAACAUUAUAGCAAUUGGUAUGGAAGAUUCCACCAUCCACAUAUACAAUGUGAGGGUGGAUGAGGUUAAAACAAAACUGAAUGGCCAUCAGAAAUGCAUAAGUGGAUUGGCUUUUUCCAACAACUUAAAUAUCCUGGUAUCUUUAGGUGCUGAUGCUCAGGAGGUAAAAGAAUACCCUUCUAUGUGCAGCAAGCUUUCUGAUCAAAGUGAAUGUGAUAAUAGGGUGGUGGUUGAUGGAAACCUGAUCACAAACAGAAGGCCAGAGACUUCCAUAGAGUUUGUGCAGGCCAUAGUAGAUAAGUUCUUUGGCUACAAAAAAGCCCUCGAUCUUGCAAGAAGCCUGGUUUUUGUCUAAUGAGCUAAUAAUAGCCCUGUGGUGGAGAGCUGGGCAUAAGGAUGUAAUCAGUAGUUUCUGUAUAAACUAAGUUGCAACGACCCACAAUCUGUUGCAGUUUUUGUACGAGUAUUGUGCGUUCAAUCGGUUUAAGUCGUCUGUGAUUGUACUUAAACCAUCGGUUCAAAUACAUGAUGAAGUAAUGUUACAGUAAGACUAUAAGAAAAUGUCACCAUGUAUGUAUACUAUCUAAAUGAUGGGUUUCUGCCAUUUCUGUCAUUAG